CAAAUGCUUUAACUUCUCUCUGUCAGCAAUGCGGAAUUAGGGAACCGCUGAGCCAACUGUCGGUCACUAGCCACAUGGACUCAGUCAGCCUCUUUGCAUUUGUGGUGCUGCUGAGCAUUGCAAAAAAAGAGAGAUCACUAAUCCCUGGCAGGCCACAAAUUCCUGGCUGGUGCGGUCAGCUCAGUGGGCUACAAGUUGUCCAGGGCCAUCCUACAUACUUGGGCAGAAGUGGAGAAUUCCUCUCCUGCCCACAGCACUUGUAAGAGCUCUCCAGAAUUUGGAACCAUGCCUGGGCAAUGUGGUAGUGGUGGUGGGGGGUGACAUAUUUGUCAAUGAUGCCAGCUGUGGGCAAACACCAGCCUACAUUCCAGGGCAGCAACGCUCCACUCCUGAUGGACUUUUGACCUUUCAGCUUGUGAUAAGCUUUGGGUCAUAAAGGGAACAGCCGAAGUUCAGUAAGCGAAAGCGAGAGCAAAGGGUGGCUAGAACCAGCACAGAGCCAAAAGAAUUCAACUCAGUGCAAAUACCAGUCAGAUCCAACAGGGUGGGCCUGGGGGAAGAAUUCCUGAGGUCACUCCACCUUCCCACUGUACUUGGAUUGCAAGGAGCCCGGCUCAAAAUGAGUACAAAUGAACCAACACACAUGUCCAUUAUGAGCAGAGCUGGCAGCUAUUUUCCCCCCUAGCCAUUUCCCGCUGUUCUGGGAUUCAAAGACACCAAAAGCAGCCCCCGAAGCUGACAAAAAUCUUUACUGAACCCAAGAAAAAAUACAGGAGGACGCUGCUCCAGAAAUGGACCCAGACUCCAGCAAUGUGCUCUGUGCCAAUCCACAGAAUGUAGACUCCAAAUAUGAAGAACAGAAUGGAGACCAAAUGGUCUCACAGGGAGAACAGAAGGUUGAGGUCACAGUUGAGGAGUAUCUUGACUUUGGCCACUGUGAUCAAAAGACUGGGAAUCGGCAAGAAAUGAUCAAUUUCUUAGAAGAUGGACUUAAAUCCAAGACAAAGGCCAUAAAUGGAAGGAGGGAACUCUGGAUGCCAUCUCCAGACAGAGAAUCCAAGUUGGAGGUGGUGAAGACGGGGCCUUUGUAUGACAUCCGGGCUUAUAAAGGGGAGAAGAAGCCCUCCAGACUUUAUGAUGAAGAUGAGGCAGAGUUUCAUUACACGCUGCCUCCCGAGAGCCUCUCACCUGAGAAAGCCAAAGAACUGGAAGAAGAAAGGCGAGAGAUCAUCAAAAGCCAAGCAAUGAAAAGGAGUACCAGGACAGCAGAUAAGUGGAGCUCCAGGGAUGAGCCAGGAGCAACCAGUACUGCCUCACCCGGUGGAGAAAAGGCUGAGACCCAAAGAAGUGAUUUCAUGGGGUUUGCUGUGUGUUUUGACAAACCUUCCCCAGACUGGAAGAAGACAACUAUCGACCCUGAAAGCAUAGAUACGGAACAGAUCAAUUUUUCUGCCGCCCGACAGCAGUUCCUCACACUGGAGAAGAGUAAUCCAAACUUGAUCUUGGGGCGAAAGAAGCCAGUUACAUCUUCAAGGCGGGCAGCAACCAAAAAUAUUUACGAGCGAGACCGUGAAUGCUGCCCUGAAAUUCUGAAAGGCGCUGAGGAUCCUGAUAGGCAGAGGGAGCUGGAAAACUCAAAGGAGCAGGCCGCUCUUGUUAUUCUCCAAAGAACAGGGCCUGCUCCCGAUGAAAGAGUUGCAGCUUUUCAAAACUUUUCUGGAGAACGUCUGGAUUGGGGGGGAAUGCCCCGGGAUGUAAGGACUGAGGCUUGUGAUGGAAGACUACCCCAGAAGAAAUUUGGAGACCCUCUGGAUUCGGUGGCCAUUGGCCAAGAUGCUGCCGAAGGAUUGGAGGCCAGGGAGGAGACACCAAUUGAACGGGAAAUCCGCUUGUCCAUGGAGAGGGAAGAAAACCUUUGGCGGGAGCGGGGAAUUCCAAGAGUGAACAGCAGGGACGAGCUGGUGGAGAUCCGGUCGAAGCCUCUCCUCUCGUCCCCCCUUUCUGACUUGGCAUCCGCCAGGAAAAGAAAGGAUAAAGCGCGCGUUUCCUUUUUCAUCCAGAGGGAAAUCGAACAGGAAACCAAACGUGAAGAGAACCUCCAAAAGGAAGGGAGGCUGCUCAGAGCAUACGACAAGGGGAGCCGGCAAGAGCUGGGAGAACGCAGGAAAGUCUUUGAGCAGGAGGGGACCCUGCCACCCUCUCUAGCAAAGCCAGAGCCUCCGAGAGAGGUGCAGGAAUCCACACCAGGGCAGCCUGCCAAUGACGAGGGAAGGCGCACUCGCCAGGACAUGGAUCAAAGCUCUGCGGCCACCCUGUCGCCUUCUGUGUGGGACGCAGGCCUGGAGAAUGAACCCUGCCCAAGCAGGCAGGGAGAUUCUCCUAGGUCAAAACUCCUAAGCACAGAGGAGAUCGCAGACCCAGAUGCGCAAGUGGUGCUGCGGAAGGAACAUUUUGCCAUUCCGAUGCGGAGGCCCAAGUUGACUUUUCCAGAUGAUCGGGGGGCCCCGCCUGCCAGGAGAACAGAAGGGAGGCCUGCCUGGGCAGCCCCACGGGAGGAACUGUUUACUCUGAAGACGGGGAAGCCCCGCAUCUCGCUUCUGAUCAACCAGGAGAUCCAGGAUGCUUUGCAAAGAGAAGAGGAAUUACAGGAGCAACGGCGGAAGGGGAGGCUGGCUGGGAGCAAAGGCACAGAGAAGGCCUUCUGCUCUCACCUGCGGUCUCCAAGCUCAGCUUCGGUUGUUGCUGGCAGUUCCUCUGUGUCUAGUUCACCCGUCUGUGCUCCCGAGUCACCCACAAAGUCGUCCACCUCACCUUCUCCACCCACAGGAAGAUUUCCCUCAGAAUCUGAUGGCAAAACUGACCACCGUCUGAUGCAAUCCCCAAAAGAAGAGGAGAAGAAGAGGAGGCAGCGGGAAGAAGGGAAGUAUGCUGGCAUUGAACCCACAGAUGAAAUUGACACUGAGGUUGUGAAUUCCACCAAAGUAGUUCGGCAUCGAGGCAUGAGAGCCCAGCUCUGGGAGGCUGGCCAAAUUCUCAAACGAGGCGAAGAGUCCAAUCCGGAGCUGCCCCUUUUUGACUUCUGAGACAGACCUCGACCUGCGUAGCGGCUGUGCAUAACUGCAAGGCGCCUGCCUGCCUGGUUCGGUGUUUUCGUUCUUCUCUGCCCUCACCCCCUCCUCCCUUUUGGGGAGGUUCGACCUAUUUUAGAAUAUAUUUUUCAGGCCCAAACUGCCAGCCAAAUCCAGGGACUGUACUUUGUGUUUGUUAACUUACAGAAAGCAAGAUGUCUGCAAAAUGCAGGUAUUCACAAGACACGAUGCCACAAACGCCUAGAAACUUGGUCGUAAGAACCUAAGAACAGCUGCGCUGGAUCAGACCAAGGCCCAUCGCAUGCACAUCCUGUUUCGCACUAGGCUACAAGCAGGGCACAAAGUCGCCCCCUGUUGUUCCCUGGCAAUGGGUAUUCAGAGGUAUAUUGCCUCUGAACACGGGGGUUCUAUUAAGCCACCGUGGCUAAGAACUGUUGAUGGACUUCUCUUGGAAUUUGUCUUAUUCUUUCGGACCUGGUAACAAACCCUCACUGAAGAAGGCUGGAAUUAGAUGCUCUGCCUCCAGCGUUUUCUCCUGUGGGUGGGGCUUCCUUGCCACUUCCUGUUCCUUCUCUUCAUCUCCCUCCUCCACUUUCCCAAAACAUUGUAAAAUUAUGCUUCCCAGGCAUAAAACAAGAACUCCACUGAUUGAGGGUUCUCAUACAAGCUAUUUCACAAAUGAACUUUUAUUUCAGCCUCUUAGAAGCAUAGUGGCUCUUAAGAGGUGAAGAAAAUAAUAACAUGAAGCACUUAGAGGUUCAGAGCAGUUCACAGAAAAUCCUCACAACAGCCCUGUAAGGUCGGCCAGUAUUAUCAACAUCACCUUGCAGACAGAGAGGCUAGAGGAGGGACUUGCCUGAGGCAUGUUUGUGGCUGAAAUAAAUGAAAUGAGAUUCAAACUGGCAGCCAUUCCGGAUUCAUUCUCUUCUCCUCCAAUCCACACCAGCUCUCUAAAGCUAGAAGGUUCCAGGUGCAAAUGUCACCUCUGCCACUAGGCAUCCUUGGGCAACACAAACAACAAAGCUUAGCAGGGAAUAAAUCCCUUGUGAAAUUUACUUCGUAGCAAAGUUCAUGCUUAAGAUUGUGCCCUCACUCUCUUGCAGCCUCAGCCCCUUGCCCUCCUCAUCUCUCCUAUGAGGAUAAUUCUGGCCCAACUUACAGGAUUGUUGUACAGGUUACAAGAACGCAUCGAACACUCCAAAGGGAUGCACAGAUGCCAAGUGUCUGGGUUUUUUUUCUGCUGGAAUGCGGUGGAAAGGAGCUCCGGCACCUCUUGAAAAUGGUCACGUGGCCGGUGGCCCUGCCCCCUGAUCUUCAGACAGAGGGGAGUUGAGAUCACGGUGUGGAGGGCAAUCUAAACCCUCCUCUGUCUGGAGAUCAGGGGGCGGGGCCACUGGCCAUGUGACCAUUUUCGCCGAGGGCAGUUUAAACUUUUUAAAACUCCCCCCUUGUUCCAGCUGAUCCAAUGUGACGUCAUCGUGCGGUCCUGGAAGCGUGCGUGCACUUUGAGCGUGCGCAUGUGUUACCAGGGGCACCACCUGCUGCCAGGAGUUGCCCCCUGUGCUAGCAACCCACUGAGUUCCACCACCUCUUUUCCCAGAAAAAAACGCCCUGCCAAGCGUUAUUAGUAAACACUUUUGUUCAAGGCUCUAUUACAUGCAUUUCAGUUUUAAUCAUAAAGAGAAGCACCUUUAGCUAGCAUCCUGCAUGCCUUGGGGAGGUUAUUUUGCAUAGCCCGAGGCUUGCUUGCAAUCAGGCAUUUUUGUUAUCUUUCCCAUAAGCAGUGGGACACAGCAUUCCCCAUGGUGUGAGAAAGCUCUGGUACCUUCUGGGCUCCUUGCAAAACGAACUCAGUUUAUUUGCAAAAACACAAGCUGAAAAGGAGUUGGCGUGGUAUAGUGGUCAGAGUGCUGGAGGAGGAUCUGUGAGACCCUGGUUCGAAUCCCCGCUCUGCCAGGGGAACUUGCUGGAUGAUUUCAGGCCAGUUGCAAACUCUCAGCCUAACCUACCUCACAGGGUUGUCGCAAGGCUAAAUGGAGAGGAGAAUGAUGUCAGUUGCUUUGGGACUCCUUUGGGGAGGAAGGCGGUGUCUAACAAUGCAGUCAGUUACUCCAGUCUAAGCCCAUGGAUUUCAAUGGGCUUAGACUGGGGUAACUCUUCUUAGGAUUGCACUGUAAAUGAAGUUAAAUCAAUAAACAAACAAAAAGCACUUAAUCAGGUGUGCUGCUAGGGUCCUCACUCAGCCAAGUUUCCCACCCCGUAAAAUCUCACAGGAGCUCCGCUUCCACUUGCUGAUCUCGCAUCUCUCUUGGGCAUCAUGUUGUACAAUGUGCAAAUUCACAUGUGCCAGUUCUGCACUUGUUUGGUGGUAGCAACCGAAUGCUGACUUGUCACAGAACCGUAAUCCCAGAUUGGCAGCUCACCUGUAGUCCCAGCUGACAUUUUCCAAGGAAGACACUUUUGCUCAUUCAUUGGACAACCAACCAAUGAGGACCUCAUAGGGAUGAACAGUCUAUCAUUUGCAAGAUCUGGGGAAAGAACAAUGUAAAAUACCUAAGGACUGCUUUGUUUUUCUUUCUGUAUGUAUGUAAAUAGAAAGAAAUGAA